GAUCACAAAAAUAUCUUUGUGAUCUUUCCAAAAGAAAAUUAGAGAGACUAUAGCUAGCAAGAAGUAGAUACAUAGAGAUAUUCCAAAAGUGUUAAUUCUCAACAAGAAACUUUAUUAUACCUAUAUUAUAUAGUGUGGGCUUAAUCUAAAAAAAUUCAAAAACUCUAGUUGUAAUAUUUAGUAGCAGUUUCUAAGGGUAUUUGUUUCAUAUGAAGGGACAAGAUAUUUAAAGAAGUGAAAGUUAAAUCAGGAUGGAGCCACCUCAUCACAUUUUCUUAGCAAGUGAAGAGGAAUGUCAUAGUAGUGAAUCUGGAUGGACCAUGUAUAUUGGUUCUCCAAUAAAUCAUGAGGAUGAAAAUUUUGAUCAUGAUUAUAAAGAUAAUAAUAAAGUGCAUUAUUAUCAAGAGAUUCAUCAAACUCAAGUUGAUGCUGAAAUUGAAAGUGAUGAUUCUAUGGCUUCUGAUGCUUCUUCUGGACCAAGUCAUCAUCAUGCUGUUAAUUUUCAUCAUCCCUUGGGAAUUUAUGAAGGUGGCUAUGAUUUGAGACAUUUCAAGAAAAAUGUGGAAGAGGGUGACAAGGUUUAUGAGUACUAUUGCUUUGAUCAUCAAAAGAAAGGAAAUAGAAAGAAAGAAAAUCAAGUAGGAGAAAAGAAUGGGGAGAAGAAACAGAAGACUCAAGUUCAAGGUGGUGGAAAAGUUAAGGUGAGGAAAAAUCAAAGGGUUGGAACAAGAAAAUAGAUUUAUUAAUUUCUUUAUUAUUUAAUGGUAUUUUAGCUUGUUAAUUUUCUUGAUUAGGUUUUAGUUUAUGUGACAAUUGUUGCAAUUGCAAUUUGUACUGUUUUACUUUUCAGAAUUAUUGUUGUUGAUCAUGAUUAAGAUUUGAAUUAAGAAAAACUCGAUAU